AUGCAGGUGAACCACAUCCGUGAUGCACACAGCGUCGUCGGGUUGAUGCCAGACAACUUUGUUCCGGUCAGCAUCGUGCCGAAGCAUUGGAACUCCAGGUUCUGUUGUGGCUGUUGCUGCUGUUGCUGGACUUCGGUGCCCUCAGGCUUCAGCGCCAUGGUGUCCGCAUGGGGCAAAGACUUGGAGGGGGCCGAGGAGGAUGGAACCUGGGAGCCCGGCUUUCACUGGAUGUGCCCGUGGCACCGCGUGAAUCGGCUGGUCUCUCGGCAGCUCAUCAUCUUCGACACUCCGGUCAAGGCUGUCAAGACCGCGGAUAAUCUAGAUUUGAGCUAG